GACACUCCCGCUGAAGAUUCGGGCUUUGGGCCGGUGGGCGAGGUUCGCCUCUUGCCAGCAAAGGAUGCGCCCAUCAGGCCCCUUCCCUGGCGACCUACACAUGCACUGGCUAUUUGCGAGCUUCACAACCGGCCAGGGGACCCUUGGGAGUGUUGUCCAAGGGCCGCGCUGAAGAGCAUCCUGGCCACAGCGCAACGCGAGCACGGCCUGACGUUCCGAAUCGGCUAUGAGAGCGAAUUUACUCUUCUGCACCAGCCGCCCCCAGGCGACACGCGGCUGCCGCCGCCGUUUGACAGAUCCGUGUACUGCCAGACCUCAGCCUUCGACGCUGCCGCACCAGGCAUGACAAAUCUACAACUCCUUCACAAACCAAAGCUGCUUAUCAAUUUCAGCAGCCAGCCCUCCUAUGCAAUGCAUAUUGUGGAGGCAUUGGAAGAGCUGGGCAUGCCAGUGGAGCAGCUGCAUGCAGAGGCCGCGCAUGGGCAGUUUGAGGUGGUCACCACCCACGACGAUGCGCUGCAGGCAGCGGAUGGCGUGCUGCUGGCGAGAGAAGCGAUCACCUCCGUGGCGGCAAAGCAUGGCCUCGUGGCUUCUUUCCUGCCAAAGCUCAAUGCCAUGCAGGCCGGGUCUGGGCAGCACCUGCACAUCAGCCUCUGGAAGGAUGGCAGGAAUCUGGUAGAGGGAUUCGAGACCGGGGCAGGCAGCAUGGCAGAGGCAUUUCUGGCCGGCAUUCUGAGCCAUCUGCCAGCACUGCAAGCCUUCACUGUCCCAUCGCCCAACAGCUACGAGCGCCUGAAGCCCGGCUGCUGGAGCGGCGCCUUCCAGGUCUGGGGGGUGAAUAACAAGGAGGCUCCCAUCCGGCUGUGCACUCUGGCGGACGGCUCAUCCAGAGAUUUUGAAUUUAAAGCGCUGGACGCCACAGCCAACCCCCACAUGGCGCUGGCAGCCAUCAUGGUGGCUGGGCUCCAGGGUGUGAAGGAGAAGGCGAUUCUGCCUCCACCGCUGCAGAUAGACCCAGGCACGCUGUCAGCC